GUUCGAGAUAAUGGUCUCUUACAUCUUAUUUUCUCACUUCCCAUUACCACAAGAAAGAUCAAGCUUAUCAAAGAAGAAGUCUCCAAUUUACCUGAGAAGGUUCCCAAGAACAAGAGCCUCAUUGUUGUAAACUCUCCCAAGAAGCCAGUUGGAAGUAAGCCAUUGACAGCUGGUAAAAUAGUUGUAGGUUUUGAGGAGGAGACACAGUUGAUAAUUAGUAAGCUCACCAGUGUAGCGAAAGAUCUAGAUGUCAUUUCAAUCAUUGGUAUGCCGGGUUCGGGCAAAACUACUUUGGCGUACAAAGUAUACAAUGAUGAGUCCGUUUCUACACGUUUCGACAUUCGUGCAUGGUGCACAGUUGGCCAAGAAUACGACAAAAGAAAUUUGUUGGAGAAAGUUUAUAAUCAAGUUACUGGCCCUGAUUCAAAAUUGAGUGAGAAUAUUGAUGUUGCUGAUGAGCUAAGAAGGCAUCUGAUUGGAAAGAGGUAUCUUAUUGUCUUAGAUGACUUGUGGGAUACUGAUGCAUGGGAUAAGUUAACAAGACCUUUUCCUCUAGUUGAGAAUGGAAGCAGAAUAAUUUUGACAUCUAGAGAUACGGAAGUGGGUUUGUAUGGAAAGCGCAGCACUGAUCCUCUUAACCUUCGUUUGCUAAGGCCAGAAGAAAGUUGGGAGUUAUUGGAGAAAAGGGCAUUUGGAAACGACUGUUGCCCAGAUGAACUAUUGGAAGUUGUAAAAGAAAUAGCCGAAAAUUGUAAGGGACUUCCUUUGGUGUCUGAUCUGAUUUUUGGAGUCAUUGCAGGGAGGGAAAAGAAGAAAUCUGAGUGGCUUGAAGUUCGAAAUAAUUUGAAUUCUUUUAGUUUGAACAGUGAGGUUGAUGUGAUGAAGGUUGUGGACUUAGAAGUGAUGAAGGUUAUAGAAUUAAGUUAUGAACAUUUACCAAAUCAUCUGAAACCCUGCUUACUUUACCUUGCACGUUUUCCUAAGGACACUACAAUGGAGACAGAUGAGUUGAAAAUGUAUUGGCAUGCCGAAGGACUUGUUGAACUGACGGAGAUGAUGAGUGUGGAGGAAGUGAUGGAGGUGUAUUUGGAUAAUUUAAUUUCCAGUAGCUUGGUGAUUCUUUUCAAUAAGAGAGGUAAUCACCCGACUUGCCAACUCCAUGAUCUUGUGCAUUACUUUUGUUUUAUAAAAGCCAGAAAGGAAAAGUUGUUUGAGUGGAUAAGUUCAAGUGAUCGCUGCCUUCAACAUUGUUGGAUAAGUUCUUCAGAUCUGAAGCAUAAAUAAGAAAAGUUUCUUUCUUU